CCAGGAGCCGCUCUCCCAGCAUGCCAUGGGGCAGCCCCACUCCCAGCAUGCCCCGGGGCACGGCCAGGAGCCGCUCUCCCAGCAUGCCAUGGGGCAGCCCCACUCCCAGCAUGCAAUGGGGCACGGCCAGGAGCCGCUCUCCCAGCAUGCCCCGGGGCACAGCGAAGAGGCGCUCUCCCAGCAUGCCAUGGGGCAGCCCCUCUCCCAGCAUGCCCCGGGGCACGGCCAAGGGGGACCUUCCCAGCAUCCCCCGGGGCACGGCCAGGAGCCACUCUCCCAGCAUGCCAUGGGGCACAGCGAAGAGCCGCUCUCCCAGCAUGCCAUGGGGCACAGCGAAGAGGCACUCUCCCAGCAUGCCAUGGGGCAUGGCCAGGAGCCGCUCUCCCAGCAUGCAGCGGGAGUGCGCCGGGUGCUGUUCGCUGAUGCCCUGGGCUUGCCCUUGACCCGCCUGCGGCGCUACCGGCCCUGGCCACCCCCCUCUCCCGAAUCGCCCCCCGAGAUACUGCCCCCCAUCGGCCAGCUGCCCCCCAUGCCCUACCUCCUGCCCGCCUUCGUGCUGCCCCCGGCGGGGCAGGGCGAGCCGGAGCGGCUGGCGAGGCUGCGCCAGGCCAUGGUGGAGCUGGAGGAGGUGCUGGCGCCGGGGCCGGGCGAGCCGUGGCUGCUACGGGGCACCGUGCGGGUACUGAACGUGACCUACCGCAAAGCCGUCCACGUGCGGGCCACCCGGGACCGCUGGCGCACCUACCGCGACCACCCUGCCCGCUACGUGCCGGGGGGCUCGCCCGACGGGGGGCUGAGCGACCGCUUCGCCUUCUGCCUGCCCUUCGGCCCGGGCCAGCCGGAGGAGCAGGGCGAGGAGGAGGAGGAGGCCGACGCCCGCCUGGAUUUCGUGAUCCGGUACCAGACCGACGAGGGCAUCUACUGGGCCAAUAACCAGGGCAGGAACUACAGCGUGGUGAUGAAGGGCCUGGCGCCCCCCCGGGUGCCCCCCAGGACCGCCCGCCAGGACAGCGCCGCGCCGCAACUGAAGAGUUGCAUGAGGCUGGAGAGGAUGAGGCUGUGCGAGGAGCCAAGCCAUGAAGACACACCUAAUCCUGCCCGCAAGGAAGAAGGGAGCCCUGAGAGGGAGAUGCGAAGAGACUCGCCCUCAGCUUCCACGGGACAGGUCCCAGAGCUGCUGGUCGCCCCCAUGUCCCCGGAGACGGAGCCGCCUGCCAGGGAUCUCCCGGUGCCCUUGGCUGAGUCCCCGCAGCCGGCCGAGGCCCCAUGGGGUGUCCAUGGGCCUGAGGCCGGCUCUCUCGGGCCGGGGGCCUCGUUCUCGGCGGCUGGCCUGGUAGAGCAGGCUGAGCUCUGGCGGGCGGAGGAGGACGCCGUGGACUUGGAGCUGGAGCAGCUUUAUCUCUCCCACCUCAGCCGGCUGCGGGCGGAGGAGCUGGGGGGCGCCGGGGAGCAGCCGGGGGGCAUGGAGGCGUCUGGCUUCCCCCCGGCCUGGCUGCCCACCCUGCGCCUGAGUGUGCUGAGCGACCGGGACCUGGUGGUCGGCUGGGCUGGGCCGGAGCGGGCUCUGAACAGCUCCCUGGCCCAGGAGAUCACCCUGCGCUAUGCCAGCCCGCCCGCCGGCCCGGGGCGCGACAGUCCCCCGGCGCUGCUGGAGGGGGGGGUCCGGGAAGCCGGCCCGGGGGGGGCCCUGCGGCUGCUGGCGCCGGCCGCCGUGGUGGUGCCAGCACGAACAGCAGCCCCGGCACGGGGGGGCUGGGGAGGGCCCAGGGGCCUGGGGUCAGGCCCACAGCGGCCAGGGGAGCCCUGGGAGGAGGUGCCCAGCUGCCCCACGUGCCUGGGGCAGGCCCUGACCCGUUCCCUGCUGGUUCUCGGUCUCGUGGUCGUCCUGCCCGUGGUCCUCAGCGGCUGCCUGCCGGCCGCAGCCGUCACCCUGUAUGUGGUUCUCAUGUGGCGCCAGCGGGACGUUUCGGUCCAGCCGCCGGAGGGGCUGGCGUUCGUCUGGCUGAUUCACCGUGUGGUGAGGUCCCACAGCACGUCGGAGCCACCCAGCUACACGCUCUGCCGCCCCGUGGCCCAGGAGCCGGGAACCCGGGUUCCCGCUGGGGAGCGAGCCGAUCCGGAUUGCAAUCGGUUCGAUCUGCUGGAGGCGGCGGCUGUGCUGAAGAGGGCAGAUUCGGAGUCACUCCGGAUUGAGCGGGGGCAGGGGAUCCGCUGGAGGAGAGACCCAGCCCCUUGGAUGUCAUCGAGGCCCCGAUCCGGUGCGGCUGUGAAGACGACUGUACACGAGCAUGUCCAUGUUAGCGCGGCUGUGAGGAUGACUGUGGAUGUCAGCGUCAGGGCGGCUGUGAGGAUGGGUGUACAUGAGUGUAACCGUGUCGCUGCGGCUACGACUGUGCAUGUCAGCAUCAGGGUGGCUGUGGGGAUGGGUGUACACGAGCGUGUCUGUGUCUGUGCGGCUGUGAGGACGGGUGUACACGAGCGUGUCAGCAUCAGGGUGGCUGUGGGGACAGGUGUACAUGAGCGUGUCUGUGAGGCUAGGCCCCGGGGCCAUGGGCCGCCCCCGCUAGCCGGCCAGCUGGUGAUGGCCAACGCCAGCGAGGCGGACGAGCUGGGCCUGCCGGGCCCCCCAGCGGCCUCCACCUACGCCAAGCUGCUGCUGCUGGCACUGAUCAUCUGCGUGAGCCUGGCGGGCAACCUGGCCCUGGCGCUGCUGGUGCUGAAGGAGCGGGGGCUGCACCGGGCCCCCUACUACUUCCUGCUGGACCUGUGCCUGGCCGAUGCCGUGCGGGCGGCCGUCUGCUUCCCCUUCGUCCUGGUCUCCAUCCGCCACGGCUCGGCCUGGACCCACAGCCCGCUCAGCUGCAAGGUGGUGGCCUUCCUGGCCGUCCUCUUCUGCUUUCACGCUGCCUUCCUCCUCUUCUGCAUCAGCGUCACCCGGUACAUGGCCGUGGCUCACCACCGCUUCUACGCCAAGCGCAUGACCCUGUGGACGUGCGUGGCCAUCAUCUGCAUGGUGUGGACCCUCUCGGUGGCCAUGGCCUUCCCGCCCGUCUUCGACGUGGGCACCUACAAGUUCAUCCGGGAGGAGGACCAGUGCAUCUUCGAGCACCGGUACUUCAAGGCCAACGACACGCUGGGUUUCAUGCUCAUGCUGGCCGUGCUGGUGGGGGCCACCCACGCCGUGUACGGGAAGCUGCUCUGCUUCGAGUACCGCCACCGCAAGAUGAAGCCGGUGCAGAUGGUGCCGGCCAUCAGCCAGAACUGGACGUUCCACGGGCCGGGCGCCACCGGCCAGGCGGCCGCCAACUGGAUCGCCGGCUUCGGCCGGGGCCCCAUGCCGCCCACGCUGCUAGGCGUCCGGCAGAACGGCCAUGCCGCCAACCGCCGGCUGCUGAGCAUGGAGGAGUUCAAGGCGGAGAAGCGGCUGGGGAAGAUGUUCUACGUCAUCACCGUCCUCUUCCUCCUCCUUUGGUCGCCCUACAUCGUGGCCUGCUACUGGCGGGUCUUCGUCAAGGCCUGCAGCAUCCCGCCCCGCUACCUGGCCACCGCUGUCUGGAUGAGCUUCGCCCAGGCCGCCGUCAACCCCAUCGUCUGCUUCCUGCUCAACAAGGAGCUCAAGAAGGGGCUGGCGGCCCGUGUGCCCUGCUGCAGGACAGAGCCCCCCCUGCCCCGGGAGCCAUACUGUGUCAUGUGACGGGGGCUGGAUACGGCAGGCCGGGGGACAGCGUUAGAGGGACGAGGGCGGGAGUCUGGACAUCCGGCGCCAAUCCGGCGUCAGCCCCUGACUGCAGUGGGAUCAGGGCCGGAUUCUGAUCUCAGUUAAUCCAGAGUCAAUCCAGAGUCACCCCCUAACUGCAGUGGGGCCAGGGCCAGAUUCUGGUUCCAGUUAAUCCAGAUUCACCCCCUGACUGCAGUGGGAUCACGGCCAGAUUCUGACCUCUGCUCUUCUGGGAUCAAUCCAAAGUCACCCUGACUUCAGCGGCCUUACUCCAGAUGUGAUGGGUUAUUCUGGAGUCACACCCAGGACUGGGGAUUUGCUGUGUCUAGUUUAUUCUCCAUUGUGGGGGUGAGUGAAUGCGGGGGGCUGGAGGGUGAACCAGGGGAAGGUGGGGGGGAGAUUGGGAAAGGGGGUCCAGCCCAGAGACACCCCCCCACCUCAGCUGGGUGAUUUAGCAACCCGUCAGUCAGUAACCAGGGACACACCCCCGUCUCCAUGGCAACAGCCAAUGUGGGCCCGACAGACCAUAGCAUCCAGGAACAAUGCAACCAGGAAGCUGCGGGGGGGAGGAUGGAUGCGAUCCCUCCUCGCCCUGAAAUCCCUGGGGGCUGCGGUGAUGGCCGCGCGUUCUGGGGAGAGGGGCCAAUGGCUGCAGGGACCGGCAGGAUCACAGGCAGCGGUGCCAGGCGGAGUAACAGGCAGUGAUGUUAGGGUAACGUGUGGAGUAACAGGCGGAGUAACACACGCAAUGCUACAGUACCCUGCCCUGACGCUCGGGUACCGUGCACAGGAACGGGUGGGAGUAACAGACGGAGUAACACACGUAAUGCUAGAGUACCCUGCCCUGAUGCUCGGGUACCGUGCACGGGAACGGGCGGGAGUAACAGGCGGAGUAACACACGCAAUGCUAGAGUACCCUGCCCUGACGCUCAGGUACCAUGCACAGGAACGGGCAGCGGUGCUGGAGUAACACACACAAUGCUAGGGUACCCUGCUCCGACGCUUGGGUACCGUGCACGGGAACGGGCAGCGGUGCUGGAGUAACAGGCGGAGUAACACACACAAUGCUAGGGUACCCUGCCCUGACGCUCAGGUACCGUGCACAGGAACGGGCAGCGGUGCUGGAGUAACAGGUGGAGUAACACAAUGCUAGAAUACCCUGCCCCGAUGCUCGGGUACCGUGCACAGGAACGGGUGGGAGUAACAGACGGAGUAACACACGUAAUGCUAGCGUACCCUGCCCUGAUGCUCGGGUACCGUGCACGGGAACGGGCGGGAGUAACAGGCGGAGUAACACACGCAAUGCUAGAGUACCCUGCCCCGACGCUCGGGUACCGUGCACAGGAACGGGCAGCAGUGGUGGAGUAACAGGCGGAGUAACACACGCAAUGCUAGAGUACCCAGCCCUGACGCUCAGGUACCAUGCACAGGAAUGGGCAGCGGUGCUGGAGUAACACACACAAUGCUAGGGUACCCUGCUCCGACGCUUGGGUACCGUGCACGGGAACGGGCAGCGGUGCUGGAGUAACAGGCGGAGUAACACACACAAUGCUAGGGUACCCUGCCCCAACGCUUGGGUACCAUGCACAGGAAUGGGCAGCGGUGCUGGAGUAACAGGCGGAGUAACACACACAAUGCUAGGGUACCCUGCCCUGACGCUCAGGUACCAUGCACAGGAACGGGCAGCGGUGCUGGAGUAACAGGUGGAGUAACACAAUGCUAGAAUACCCUGCCCCGAUGCUCGGGUACCGUGCACAGGAACGGGUGGGAGUAACAGGCGGAGUAACACACGCAAUGCUAGAGUACCCUGCCCCGACGCUCGGGUACCGUGCACAGGAACGGGCAGCAGUGGUGGAGUAACAGGCGGAGUAACACACGCAAUGCUAGAGUACCCUGCCCUGACGCUCGGGUACCGUGCACAGGAACGGGCAGCGGUGCUGGAGUAACAGGUGGAGUAACACACGCAAUGCUAGAGUACCCUGCCCUGACGCUCGGGUACAGUGCACAGCAACAGGCAGUGGUGCUGGAGUAACAGGCAGAGUAACACACGCAAUGCUGGAGUACCCUGCAGGAACACAGCUGCAUGUGAGCGUAGAUGCGAGAGGAACAGGUGCACAGAGGACUGGAUCCCCCUCCCAGCCCCUUUGCUGCUCCCCAGAGCUGUUCACAUUCCCUCAGGGACAGACUGCGGAGGGCAAAGGGAUUUGGGCUGGGAUGUUAACGGUACCAAGCCCUGAUCCCAGGCUCCUGGCCAGACUCACCCUGUCGGCAGCAGGGAAGUGACUCUGGCUUGAUACCUACAGAAAUGAGAUCAGAAUCCGUGUCUGGGACCACUGGCGGCUGGGGCUGGGGAAGGGAGGGCCGAGCAACGCCAGCCAGGACUCCUGGGUUCCAUACCUGGCUCUGGGAGGGGAGUGGGGACUGGUGGGUUAGAGCAGGGGGGGCUGGGAGCCUGGACUCCUGGGUUCUCUCCUGUCUCUGGGAAGGGAGUAGGGGCUGGUGGGUAGAGCAGGAGGGGCUGGGAGCCCAGACUCCUGGGUUCUCUCCCGGCUGUGGGAGCGGAGUGGGGACUGGUGGUUAGAGCAGGGCGAGCUGGGAGCCAGGACUCCUGGGUUCUCUCCCCAGCUCUGGGAGGGGAGUGGGGACUAGUGGUUAGAGCGGGGGGGGCUGGGAGUCAGGACUCCUGGGUUCUCUGCCGACUCUGGGAGGGGAGUGGGGGCUGGUGGUUAGAGCAGGGGGGGGCUGGGAGCCAGGACUCCUGGGUUCUCUGCCAGCUCUGGAAGGGGAGUGGGGUCUAGUGGUUAGAGCAGGGGGGCUGGGAGCCAGGACUCCUGGGUUCUCUCCUGGCUCUGGGAGAGGAGUGGGGUCUAGUGGUUAGAGCAGCAGGGGCUGGGAGCCAGGACUCCUGAAAUAGGUGGGGGGGGCUUCGCUCUCUGUUUCCAGCCGGGUCCUGGCCCACCCGGCCCGGCAGUGGAUCCGCCUCGGCUCAGAACUCUCUACGUGCUGGUUUUGUUCGGGGUUUUUUGGGGGUGGGGGAUUUUUUUGGCAGAAAAAAAAAUUGAAGAAAAAGACACGGAAAAAAAUCAAUGUUUUUGUACAAAAAUACACACACACACCCCGGUAAUUCAGGGCUGGGAGGGGAGGGCACGAGAUGGCGACAGGAUGGCCGGACAGACC